ACUGCGUGGGCUUUCGAGGUUCAGCCGUGGCCUCGGACCGACAGGUUACCACCGGCCGCGCAACUGACAACCUCGAUUCCUUAUCGCUUCACCUAUCCCCAUGUGCGCACUAGAUGUACGAACUAUUUGGAGAGAAAAAGCGUUACGUGCGUGAAUGAAAAAACGUUUUGGUGCUUUCACGUGAAGUUCAUGAUCGCGUGAAUCGUGUGCAGAGGAUGUAGACUGAGGGAAGGGAAAGAAAUGAGAAUCGACCGGGUUUCUAGAAGAUAUCUCUGAAGCAGCUACAGUGUGAAAGCUCAAGUGCCACUUUUCACUGUAAUUGGUUAAGGAUUAUACGUCGCGAUAAGGUUGCGUUCAGAUUACGUGAUUGGUCGUUGUGGCACGAAACGCCUGCGAUAUGGAAAUUUUUAGCUGUAAUUGGGCAUUUGGAGUCAUUUGUGACUUUGUGCUCGUUCUUCGUAGCUCUUGUGACUCUCUGAGUAUGUCUGGCAGUUGUUUACGAUGAUAUUACCUAUGGGAAUAUCAUUGAUGAAAAUGGAUCUUUGCACUAUAAAUUACAGAUUGUACCAUAAAUAUUAAGGUAUCGCAGUGCGGAAUUACGUUGGUUUUGUCGUUAUGAUUUUGUGGUGAAUCCAAACGAAAAGUGUACGUAUAAUUUGCGAAAUGGAUAAGAAUUGAAACACGGUGACUUGUCUCUUUUUAUAUAGGACAAUUGUGUCGGCGAGUAUCAAAGGGUCAGUCGGUGGAAAUGGAAAUAAAUAGUGUAGACUGGUAUUUCGUUUGCAGCGGAUGUGGGCUAAGUGUAGCAAUAUAUCAGAUGAAUGAUAAUUGUCGGAAGUAUAUAACGUAGAGUACGGUUCAACGUUAAUAAGAGUUUUGACUAUCGUUAUUAAAACUUCCAAUGGAUACUUGAACUUAAUCAGGUGCUACUGUGCUUAAUUAAAGAAUCUUUGGAUUGGUAUACAAGCGUGUACGGUAUUGAUGUUAGGUAUGCAGUAGAAUAAAAUUGUCGAACGAGUUUAAUAUAUUGAAAAGUAUACUUGACCACGUGAAAUCUAAUAAUUUCAUAAAUAUAAUGUGAUAAAGUCUAAUAUUCAUCAGUCUUGUAAUAGUGUAAAUCGAAAUUUUUAUUAUCUUUUUUGAUUUUUCUAUUGUCAUCCUUUUAUAAUUUAUCAAUGUGAAUUACCGUAAACGCUUAUCAGUCUCCAGAUAACCCAGACUUUGUUAUGCUGGUGUGAUUUGAUAUGGCAAGAGUUAAAAUCGUGAGUCAUCUCAAUGAGAUACAGUUACACCUAAUAUGUUAGUUUGAAUUACCUAACUUUAACUUAAUACCGAAAUUCAAUACUCGUAAACGUUACGUUCCAUAUACUAUAUGUACAAUGACAACAGGUUUCCUCAUUAUUUCCCACGCUGUGAACACGCGCAAUUAGUUCUCAGUGUAAUACGUACAAGGAGUCACGAGUGAUCGCGUGUUUUGUUUCAUCGAACGGAAAAAAAAAAAAACGGAUACACUACCCCUUCGGAUCCAUUUUACGAAGACUAUUCCACACCAUGCAGAAAAACCUGAAGUUCAAAGAUCGUCUAGCUGAUUUGACAUCACGUGUUACAGAGUCAACGUAGGAAGCGUUAAUCAAGGAAGAGGCGCCUGGGAAGAUUUGGCGAAAGAUGCAAUCUACGAAUACCUUUUGUUCUAGGAGAUAAGGGUCCGAAGUAACCUCAUGACCACGUCUCCAAAUACACAGUGUCGUUCGAAGCGUCGCAGGGACAUGAUGUUACGCGUGCUGGGAGUUCGACUACUGUCGAGGCUGCUGGUCCUCGUCUGUUCCCUUUCGCUGCUGUCACUCCUCUUCUUGAGCCGCUGCGGCUUCAAUAAUCUCGACACGGACCUCAUCGACACUGCCGGACCCGUGACAACGGCCAGCCUAAUCGAAGCGAAUCAGCAUGAGGAGGAGACAAGAAUGGAAGUGGAGAGGCUCACUGCCGAAAUUCGAUCACUGAAAUUGCAAAUACUUCAACUAACCGGUGGCCCACCAGGUCACAGCGAGACGUCUUCGGGGAUAAAUGCCAGCGACGUUGGGGAUUGCCUUGCGGCCAGACGACAGGUCCAAUUCGCUGAGAUCAGUCAGGGUUUACCAUUGAACAACGAGUAUGAACUGAUCGCCUUUAGCCAUUUUACAUUCUCAAGACUGUACCCGGUGGAUCUUGGCCUGGGGAAACGAGUCGUGGAGAAGCCUAUAGGAUUCAAGCGGAAAGAUCUCCUCGAGGCACUGACGAAGGCUAUCGAGAUUCUCAACAAGAAUGUCACCUUGCCCACCAAGUACACUCACGAUGACUUUCUGGAGGGCCUAUACAGGGUCGAGCCAACGACCGGAACGCAGUACGAGAUGUACUUCAGGACGAAAAACUUGAGCAAAAGUACCCAGGUGGCUCCAUCUGGUUAUACAAAGAUCACGUUGAUGAGGCCCUAUGCGCCUAUACAGUUCAUCGCUACCGAGAGGCAGCAGCCUAAGGAAAAGGAGCUCAUUCACAUUAUCCUACCGCUUUCCGGUCGUACCAAUACAUUUCAGAGCUUUAUGGAUAAGUUCGUUAAAAUUGGACUGAAGAACGAUCGCAGGGUUCACCUGACAGUCGUUUACUUCGGCACCGAAGGCCUCUCCGAGGCGAGAGCCAUCAUGUCGAGGGUCCUGAUGACCCGUGGUAGCGGCGGAUCUAAUCAUAACUUACGGCUGCUCGCCUUGAAUGAGACAUUCUCGAGAGGAAAGGGCCUUCGAGUUGGCGCCGAACGUGCCUGGGAUGGCGAGGGCGACGUACUGCUCUUCAUGUGCGACGUCGACGUCGUAUUCAGCGCAAGAUUCCUUGACAGAUGUCGAUGGAACACGGCACCAGGUCGCAAGGUUUAUUAUCCUAUCGUCUUUAGCCUCUAUAAUCCUCACGUUGUGUACACGCUUCAGGGUCGGGAGGUACCGCCGGAAACGGACCAACUUGUAAUCUCGAGGGAUACCGGUUUCUGGAGAGAUUUUGGUUAUGGGAUGACAUGCCAAUACAGGUCCGAUUUUCUGAGGGUACGCGGAUUCGAUGAAGAUGUUGUUGGAUGGGGUGGCGAGGAUGUUACCCUCUAUCGAAAGUACGUCAAGAGUAAUAUUAAAGUCGUUCGGGCGACGGAUCCGGGAAUCUUUCAUAUUUGGCAUCCAAAAGUCUGUUCCGGUGGACCCGGGCAGCGUUUGUCUACCGAUCAAUACCGAGCCUGUAUUCGAUCGCGUGCGUUGAACGAAGCCUCGCAUGCUCAGCUUGGCUUUUUGGCGUUUCGAGAAGAUAUCGCAAGUCAGACGCUCAAUAUGAAGUCCGUUGCGAAGAAAAAGAAGCCAUCGGCGAAGAAGGAGAAGAAGAGGCUAACGAAGCAGACGAAGAGUCAGUCACAGAUCAAGGAGAAGCCGGUGGGUAGAACAUCCAAGGAUCAGACUUGAUCCCUGACAACGGGUCGAUUUGAAUUUUGAAUGUAAAUAUCCUGUAUAAAAACAAAGGAUUUAGUGGCGGUACUGAUACUUCGAUUUCGAAUGCAUAGAGCGUGCAAGGUCGUGCUGUUAUUUAAUUUGUAAAAAGGAAAUGAAAUUCGCACUGGGGAUAAAUGGAUAUUGUAAGAAUUGCAGGGAGGACGUUGUUCUAACGAUAUGUAAACUUUCCUAAGAAUAGGCCAAAGAAACUAAUCGUUGUAUUAGUGGAGAUGAAAAAAAAGUCAUUAAUGAAAAUUGAUGUUCAGACACGCGCGGAUACUAGUCACGUACGAAAUUGCAUUAUUCGGGUAAAACUGAAUCGUUGAUGAUUUCUUUGAUAUUAUUAUUGUUCAAAGGUACCGACGUAGAUUCGUCGAAAAAUGUGUGAUUUUUUUUUAAUUAGCUAUUAUUCAAUCUUGCGAGAAUACAACAACGAGAGCAUAUCGACGAUCUAAGAAAAUUGACAUUGAGGUAAACAAAGAAAAAGUUAAAAAAUUCGUAACUGCUUUUUGGAAUUGUGAAAACAGAGUUGUGAUCUAUCUCCCGUAGGUCGGGAGGAUAUUAUUAAAGAUACGCGAUCCAUUAAAUAGGUGAUUUAUAUGAAUUUAUAUAAUAAACUCGUUGAGCGAAAUGAAUGAAGAUUUAUAUUAUUAAUGACUAAAUGCUGGAGGUCAAUUAGGAUAGGUAAAUUGUUGCACUCCAUUUCUCAGUCAUAAGUCCAAUGGACAGUGUGUAAAUAAUUCGCAAAAUCCUUAAACCGCAACGAAUUCCUCGUGUUUUCAGAAAGGAAUUCAUUUUUAUUUUUCUUCUUAAUACAUUUGUUUGUUUUUCCCACUUUUUCUCCUGGGACGUCGUAAAAUCGAAUAUAAAUGUACGAAUGAACAAAAUGAUUACGAGGAUCGUAAGGGUCCGGGGGUAAUUUCUGAGCAAUUAAUUAAUUUUUUUUAACACGGCACAGCAGUAAUGACGAUUAACGUUUUUCCCUGCAAGAAAAUGGCAGCACAUUUAUAAGAAUGCGAGAGUACAAUGAAUACCCGGUAGUACGUCUUACACGAUACAAAAAAUGCAUUUUACGUCUCACGGUGCACUCGAUGCAAUAUUAAAAAAUUCCAAAAUAGCAAUGAUGCAUCGUGCAAACUAAAAUGCAUUUGAUCUACUCGUGGCUGCCUGCCGGUAGUCGAGGUCGUAAACGUUAACAUGCAGCAGUGAAAAGUACGAAAACUGUGAUUUACAUAUAGCGAAGUUCAUACGCUUAGUAUUCACGUGUCUAUACUGUUGAUGCAGCUAUCUAUAUUUAUCUACACGAAAAGUGCAGAAAUACAGUUGCCGUUUGUGAAACGAAAAAGAUGGAGUAGUGCGUGAAAAUUGCAUACUGCAGCGUCGAUGCACUUUUAUAGCGACUUGUUAUUUUUUCUUCUGUCUUUCCACCUACACGAGGCUGGCAUAUCGGACACUUUUAUUAUACCAAGAAAACCUUUUUCAAUCUACUUAACCAUGGUACUGUUAAGCGUUAAAAAUUCGUUGAAUUCGCGCCACUCGCAGUGAGAAUCGAAUUUAUUAUUAAACACUCCUCGUAAUGAGUUCCGAGUGUUAUCAAGUUAAUUAAAGUUUCACAAAACCGCGAUAAAGUUACCAUAAACCAGCGGCGUUACUUCGGCCUUGCAGUAUUACGUACACACCGAACUUUUGGUCCCUGGUAAAACCAUAAACUUUCGAACUACAAUCAAACGUGAAAAAUUAAACGACCUUGUAGAUAAUAGAAACUCAAACGUCUGAGUUCGAAAAGUUAACCAGCCACUCAAAAUGUAAAAUGAAUAAGACAUUAUAUACAUAUAAUACGUGGUUUGACAAAAUGAUUACGAAACAAACCUGAAUUGAAUGUGCAAUUGAUGCGAAGUAUUUCCAAAAAAAGAAAAUCUUAUUUUGAGACGGUUCCUUCGUGUCUCAAGUUCGACUCGAAACUCUCACAUUCGAAUGAGUUAAUUACUAUUUACCUCUCAUUAAUAAUAAGCUCAAGUAAUCCUGGACCUCUGGACCCUUCCGGCGCGACACUCUUACUAAUGUAUAUUGAAUGAAAGCAUUGUAUAGAAAAGGCAUGUAAACAAUUAUAACCAAUUAUAAAUAUGC